UACGUCCUCUUGUCCCGCCUCCUGCUCGGCUGCUGCCCUCUCCUUUUCUGAACGCUGAUGUGUUGCUAACUUCUGCCUCUAUCUCUGACAAAAUGUUCAAUUUCGGAUCAAAAUUGCUGCUGCUGCUUCUCCUGGCCUUCCCCUGCGGAUUAAUAUCAAUCGGCCAAGUCUCUGCAGACUCAGACUCUGCUGAGGACAUUGCUGAGGACCCAGAUGCUGCAGUAGAUGAGGAGGAAGAUGAAGAAGAGGUGCUCGUUGAGCAGGAUCAGAUGCAACCCUUGGAAGGAGAAGGAGAAGACUUGGAUGAAGCUGCUGAUAAACUGAUAUCUUCUCACCCUGAUGUCGACACAACCAUCAUCUUUACGACAGGAGAAGAGUUUCCUGCCGAUGAAAUUGUGAGGUUCCUGGUGGGUUUCACCAACAAGGGAAGUCAGGAUUUCACCGUCCAGUCAUUGGAGGCCUCCUUCCGUUACCCCCAAGACUUCCAGUUCUACAUCCAGAAUUUCACAGCCUUGCCUCUGAGCACUGUGGUGCAGCCCCUGACUCAGGCCUCCUUUGAGUACUCCUUCAUCCCAGCUCAGCCCAUGGCGGGUCGCCCAUUUGGUCUCGUUAUCCUCCUCAACUAUCUUGACACUGAGGGAAACGUGUUUCAGACUGCCAUCUACAACCAGACUGUCACCAUCAUCGAGCUAGAAGAGGGAAUGGACGGAGAAACAAUGUUCUUGUACAUCUUCCUGGUUGGACUGGUGGUCCUGAUGCUCUUUGGGGUGUACCAAGUCCUGGAGACGAGGACGAAAAAGAGAAUCUCGGCAAAAAUAGAAAAGGGCACUGGUGGAAUGAACGAUGUGGACAUCAGCUGGCUUCCUCAGGAGACUCUCAAUAUCAUGAACAAGGCUUCCCCGAAAGCAUCUCCACGGAAACGGACCAAUAGGGCAGCUGGAGCAGAUCAAUAAAACUGUCCAUUUCCAUCCAUCUGUGCAUCAUGCUUUCAAAGCACAUUUCCUCGCCGUGGUAACCCGAUAUCCAUUUACAAUGGAUCAACAUUUCCAACCGAGCAGCGUGUUUCAGAUGUUUGUGUGGAUCUCGUCCUGCUGGAACAACGACCAGAGAGCAUCCUGGACUCUACUGCUCUGAUGAGAGCAAGGCCAUUUAGACACUAACAUGACUGAACUAGUCCACUUUGAAAGGGACUUUUUUUAUAUCAGUAUGUGAAAGGUGAUUAAAAAAUGAAGUCAUUCAACUUUUUGUGAACAAACAAAGCAAUUGUGGUACAAACUGCCCCAAAAAGACAGCAAAAUAAAUCAACCUGCUGGCUUUAUAAAUGCUGUCAAGUCAUAAUUUAAUUACUUUUUGUUUCGGAGAUAUGUUAACUGCAUUUAUAGGCUUUAAAUCAUUCCUUUUUCAUUUGUUGAAUGAGGUAAAUCCCCCACUUCUCAACUAUGUAAACACCAUUGUGCCUUUCUGCAGUGUCAUGCAAAGAAAAAGUAGACGCAAUUGAUUAAAUGGUUUUCCACUGAUAGCCCUCUGCUUUUAUCAUCCAGUCACAUAUAGCAUGAGGUUUCUAAAAGUAAAUAAAUGUUUUUCAGAGGAGCAAUGGCAGCUGCAAUUGCAACAUUAUUAAACAUGGUUCUCUUGAGGUUUCUGCAGGUUAGUUUACCUGUUGUAUUUCACUGUGUUGUAAUGUAACUUCUCCUUGGUUGAGCAUUCCAAACUACUAAGUGCCAUUGGUGCAAUUUCUCCCAUUUCUUUUGGGAGAAAAUUGUGUUUUCAAACACAAUAAAAGGGUGAACAAAGUAUA